AUGGCGGCCGGGCCGGGCGCCGGCCCCGGGGCGCCCAGCGAGGCGGAGGCGGCGCAGCUCUGCCGCAGCCUGGAGGUGGGCACCGUCAUGACCCUCUUCUACUCCAAAAAGUCGCAGCGACCCGAGCGGAAAACUUUCCAGGUGAAGCUGGAGACGCGGCAGGUCACCUGGAGCCGCGGCUCCGAGAAGGUCGAGGGCGCCGUGGACAUUCGUGAGAUCAAGGAGAUCCGGCCAGGGAGGAACUCGCGGGACUUUGACCGCUACCAGGAGGAUCCGUGUUUCCGACCAGAGCACUCUCACUGCUUUGUCGUCCUCUACGGCACAGAAUUCCGCCUGAAAACCCUCAGCUUGCAAGCCACUUCUGAGGAUGAGGUCAAUAUGUGGAUCAAGGGGCUGAACUGGCUGGUGGCAGACACUCUGAGAGCACCCACCCCCCUGCAGAUUGAAAGGUGGCUCCGGAAGCAGUUCUACUCCCUGGAUCGCAACCGGGAGGACAGGAUCUCUGCCAAGGAUCUGAAGAACAUGCUGUCCCAGGUCAACUACCGCGUGCCCAACAUGAGGUUCCUGCGCGAGCGACUCACGGAUGUGGAGCAGAGGAAUGGGGAUAUCACAUAUGGACAGUUUGCACAGCUCUACCGCAGCCUCAUGUUCAGUGCCCAGAAAACAAUGGAUGUCCCGUUCUUGGAAAGGGGUGCAGAAAGGUCUGAGCACUUCAGGGUGUCACUGCUGGAGCUGCAGAAGUUUUUGCUGGAGUACCAGAGGGAGCUCUGGGCUGCAGAUCCCCUUCAGGUACAGGAAUUCAUGUUCAACUUCCUGAGAGACCCCUUGAGGGAGAUUGAUGAGCCUUAUUUCUCCCUGGAUGAAUUUCUCACCUUCCUGUUUUCCAAAGAGAACAGCAUCUGGAACUCACAGCUGGACAUGGUGUGUCUGGAGAACAUGAACAACCCUCUCUCCCAUUACUGGAUCUCCUCCUCACACAACACGUACCUGACGGGGGAUCAGUUCUCGAGCGAGUCCUCGCUGGAGGCGUACGCGCGCUGCCUGCGCAUGGGCUGCCGCUGCAUCGAACUGGAUUGCUGGGAUGGUCCUGAUGGCAUGCCAGUCAUCUACCAUGGACACACCUUAACCACCAAGAUCAAGUUCUCUGAUGUCUUGGUCACCAUCAAGGAGCAUGCCUUUGUCACCUCUGAUUUCCCUGUCAUUCUGUCCAUUGAGGACCACUGCAGCAUUGCUCAGCAGAGGAACAUGGCUCAGAAUUUCAAGAAGGUUUUUGGAGACAUGCUCUUGACCAAACCAGUUGAUAUUUCUGCUGAUGGCCUUCCAUCUCCAAACCAGCUCAAGAGGAAGAUUCUCAUCAAGCACAAGAAGCUGGCGGAGGGCAGCGCUUACGAGGAGCUGCCCACAUCUGUGAUGUACUCAGAGAAUGACAUCAGCAACUCCAUCAAGAAUGGGAUCCUCUACCUGGAAGACCCCAUCAAUCACGAGUGGAACCCGCAUUACUUUGUGCUGACCAGCAGCAAGAUCUAUUACUCUGGGGAGACAACCAGUGACCAAGGAAACGAGGAUGAGGAAGAGCAGAAGGAGGUGAGCAACAGCACGGAGCUGCACUCCACGGAGAAGUGGUUCCACGGGAAGCUGGGAGCGGGCCGUGACGGGCGGCACAUCGCGGAGCGGCUGCUGACGGAAUACUGCAUUGAGACAGGGGCCCCUGAUGGCUCCUUCCUGGUCAGGGAGAGCGAGACCUUCGUGGGGGACUACACCCUCUCCUUCUGGCGCAACGGGAAGGUGCAGCACUGCCGGAUCCACUCGCGGCAGGACGCCGGCAGCCCCAAGUUCUUCCUGACGGACAACCUGGUGUUUGACAGCCUCUACGACCUCAUCACCCACUACCAGGAGGUGCCACUGAGGUGCAACGAGUUUGAGAUGAGGCUGACAGAGCCAGUGCCGCAGACCAAUGCCCACGAGAGCAAAGAGUGGUACCAUGCCAACCUCACACGAGCCCAAGCUGAGCACAUGCUGAUGAGGGUGCCCCGUGAUGGAGCCUUCCUGGUGCGCAAGAGGAGCGAGCCCAGCUCCUAUGCCAUCUCCUUCAGGGCAGAAGGGAAGAUCAAGCACUGCCGGGUGCAGCAGGAGGGGCAGACUGUGCUGCUGGGCAACUCCGAGUUCGAGAGCCUGGUGGACCUGAUCAGCUACUACGAGAAGCACCCACUGUACCGCAAGAUGAAGCUGCGCUACCCCAUCAACGAGGAGACCCUGGAGAAGAUCGGCACAGCGGAGCCAGACUAUGGAGCCCUGUAUGAGGGACGCCAUCCUGGGUUCUAUGUGGAAGCCAACCCCAUGCCCACCUUCAAGUGUGCAGUCAAAGCCCUGUUUGACUACAAGGCACAGAGGGAGGACGAGCUCACCUUCACCAAAAAUGCCAUCAUCCAGAAUGUGGAGAAACAGGAAGGAGGCUGGUGGAGAGGAGAUUAUGGUGGCAAAAAGCAGCUGUGGUUCCCUUCCAACUACGUGGAGGAAAUUACAAGUCCCACCAGCCUGGAGCCAGAGCGGGAGCAGCUGGAUGAGAACAGCCCCCUGGGAGACCUGCUUGGAGGCGUCCUGGACGUGCCCUCCUGCCAGAUCGCCAUCCGCCCCGAGGGCAAGAACAACCGGCUGUUCGUGUUCUCCAUCAGCAUGUCCUCGCUGUCACGGCUGUCCCUGGACGUGGCGGCCGACACGCACGAGGACCUGCUCGACUGGGUGAAGAAGAUCCGCGAGGCAGCUCAGACAGCUGAUGCCAGGCUCUCUGAAGGGAAGAUGAUGGAGAGGAGAAAGAAGAUUGCCCUGGAGCUUUCAGAACUGGUGGUCUAUUGCCGUCCUGUGCCUUUUGAUGAAGAGAAGAUCGGCACAGAGAGGGCCUGUUACCGGGACAUGUCCUCCUUUCCCGAGACCAAGGCAGAGAAGUACGUGAACAAGAUCAAGGGCAAGAAGUUCCUGCAGUACAACCGCCUGCAGCUGUCCCGCAUCUACCCCAAGGGCCAGCGCCUCGACUCCUCCAACUACGACCCCCUGCCCAUGUGGAUCUGUGGCAGCCAGCUGGUGGCACUCAACUUCCAGACCCCGGACAAGCCCAUGCAGAUGAACCAGGCCUUGUUCAUGUCCAGUGGCCAGUGUGGGUACGUCCUGCAGCCAACCAACAUGAGGGACGACAUCUUUGACCCCUUUGACAAGAGCACACUGCGGGGCACAGAACCACUCUCCAUCUCCAUUGAGGUCCUGGGGGCACGGCACCUUCCCAAAAAUGGAAGGGGAAUCGUUUGUCCUUUCGUGGAGGUGGAGGUGUCUGGUGCUGAGUACGACAAUGCCAAGCAGAAAACAGAGAUCGUGGCUGACAACGGCCUGAACCCUCUCUGGACCCCGAAGCAGUUCCACUUUCAGGUCAGCAACCCUGACUUUGCCUUCCUGCGCUUCGUGGUCUACGAGGAGGACAUGUUCAGCGAUGAGAACUUCCUGGCUCAGGCCACCUUCCUGGUGAAAGGCUUGAAGACAGGUUUCCGAGCUGUUCCCCUCAAGAACAACUACAGUGAGAACCUGGAGCUGGCUUCUCUGCUUGUCAAGAUAGACAUUUUCCCUUGCAAGCAGGAAAAUGGCGAAAUAAACCUCUUCAAUGCCUCAUCCCUACGGGAACGAGCAGGGGAUGGCUCCAGCCAGCUGCUGGCAAGCAGAGGCAGAGAGGGCUCCUUUGAGCUGAGGUACCAGCAGCCCUUCGAGGAUUUCCGUGUGGCCCCAGAGCAGCUCGCUGACCACUUUGAGAGCCGGGAGCGAAGGGUACUGCGGAGGACCCGGGUCAACGGGGACAACCGGCUGUAGCCCACCCUGGCGGGCGAAAGCACCUCCAGUGCUUGUGAAUCUCACAGCACGCUGUGAACUGGUUUCUAUGGAAACGGCACUGCUAUGGCCUACUUUCAGGCAGCUUUUCCAGUUUCUCUGCUGAAGUGUGUUCAAGUGGAGAACUAAAAAAAAAAAAAAAGUAUUGGAAAUAAACCCCACCCCGAACCAGCCCCAAGCACCCAGCAACCUUCACCACGAAGCCCUUAAGAAGCGUCGGUGCGGCCAGGCUGCCAGAGGCCACAGACCAAACUGUCUAUAAUCACAAGAAGAGACCUAAAAAUUCCCCAUCCAGCCUCUGCGUACCUGCUCUGCCUGUAAUCCAGAGAUCGUGUGCAGCUGCGGGAGCCUGUUUGCAGCCAUCCUGUGCUGUGUCCAUUCCCAGAGCUCUGGGCCUGCAGUGAGCACAGCAGCACCUCUGUCUGUCCUGGUGACACCACAUCUGCCCUGUAUAGCCACUGCCGAAGGGUCCAGUAGUGAAACUCUACAUUUACAGGGCCACUCUAGCUUUAAAUGACAAUAAAAGUGUCAGUAUUA